AUGAGGGACAGAAUAACCUUGGUCGCAUGCGAUAUGCAUUAUGCCUUGUCAAACUACGGCAGGUUGGCCAACCCCGACUACAACAUCAUCUUGCUGCUUGAAAGCAUUGCCAGGAAGUUUUUCCCGCCAGAAGAAUAUCACAAAUUAGAAUUAGAUGGAGGUCAUGGUAAAGGAAAACGGGCCAAGGCCAAAUAUGCCUACAGGGUCAUGGUCAAGCGGCUCAAGGAUGAGGUUUUGCCCUCCUUGGAAAAGGCCUACUUUGCCUAG